ACCUUGAACUAGAGGCGUGGAUUGUCAGAAAAGAGGUGAUUCCCAUUAUCAAUACUGGUGAUGAUGUUAAAAAUACAGAAAUCUCUGGUGCUUCUGUUGCUAAUAAUAUUAUUGAGUCUCAAUAA